UUGACAAUUUCGAUUCCCUUAAUAAGUUGAUAACCAAGAAAGCAUCACAUUUUACACCUUUAAAAUCUACAAGAGGAGAUCUUACAACAAUGCUAUUCUUACCUUCAAGACCUGUAGAAGAAAAUGUAACAAGGAAUGUGCUAUAUACAGCCACAGCAAAUUCAAGUACAUCAUACUUAAAUAAUA